AUCUCAUAACCAAAUUUAGCAGAGAACAAAAUAAUCUUUGCCUUAUUUCUUUCAUAGUUUUCUUCAAAAUUUCUUCUCUAUCAGCCAUUAAUGUCGGAAACAAGGUCUCCAGCGCUUCACUUUGCCGCCUUGGUUUCUUCUUCCUUCAGCCUCUCCAAAAAUUCCGCUGACGAUUUAAUGGGCAGUGCUCUGAAUUCUUGUGACGUGAGGGCUGAUCUGGAGCAUCUACUACCCAUCACUGAAAUUGGAGAAGAUCCCAGCUUGGAAACUUUGGACUUGGUUGACGCUGCCCAGCGCCUAGGCGUCGACUACCGUUUUCAAACGGAGAUAGACCUGAUUUUGGAAAGCCACUAUGCAAUCGCCAAUUCUCCUGGUGACGACCUUCACCAAGUUGCUCUUCGCUUUCGACUUCUGCGACAACGUGGUUACUUCGUGUCAUCAGAUGUGUUCAAAAUUUUUAUGGACGAGGAGGGAAAUUUCAAGCAGGGGCUGGAGCAAGACAUCAAGGGGCUAAUGAGUUUGUACGAAGCUUCACAAUUGUGCAUACUCGGAGAAGAUAUACUCGAGCAAGCUGCAAAUUUUAGCGCCCAAAUCCUUGAACAAUACGUCAAAAACAAUCUCAACACUAACCAAGCUCGUGACGUAGCCAAAACUUUGGCAAAUCCAUUUCACACCAGCUUCUCAAAGUUCAUGGUAAAAGAUUAUUUGGGAACAGAACAUCAUUCCCAAGCCACAAACAGAUGGGCCCACGCUUUUCAACAAGUCGCCAAAAUGGAUUUCAACGCCGCCCAAAAUAUGCACCGUCAAGAACUUCUCCAAUUUACUCGAUGGUGGAGAGAGACAGGUCUUGGCAAGGUGAUGAAGUUUGCUAGAGACCAACCACUCAAAUGGUACGUUUGUUCGUUGGUUUGUCUCAUGGGUCCACGUUUCUCGGAGGAAAGAGUUGAACUUUCGAAACCCAUUUCUUUCGUUUAUCUUAUCGAUGACAUGUUCGACUUAUACGGCUCGCUCCAUCAACUAACGGUGUUCACAGAGGCAGUUAAAAGAUGGGAUGUAGCCACAGCCGAAACAUUACCGGAAUGUAUGAAGAUCUGUUUCAAAUCACUUUAUGAGAUGACAAACCAAUUGAGUUGUAAGAUCCAUCAGAAGCAUGGUUGGGACCCAAUCGACUCCUUGCGAAAAUCGUGGGCAAAACUUUGCGACGCGUUCCUGUUGGAAGCUGGAUGGUUUACCUCUGGAAAAUCACCGAGUGCAGAAGAAUACUUGAGAAAUGGGGUCAUCAGUAGUGGAGUUCACGUGGUUUUAGUCCAUGUCUUCUUCUUGCUUGGACAAGGAAUCAACAAACGAACUGUGCAGCUUUUAGACAGCAACCCAGAAAUUAUUUCUUCUGCUGCAACAAUUUUACGGCUUCAAGAUGACUUUGGAAGCGCAAAGGAUGAGAAUCAAGAUGGAUAUGAUGGAUCAUAUGUGAAUUAUUACAUGACAGACAAUCAAGAGGUUUCUAUUGAGAGUACUCGAAAACACAUUACCAAUUUGAUUUCAUGUGCGUGGAAGACGCUCAACAGAGAGAGUCUAUUGCCCAAUAAUCCAUUUCCUCUCGCGUUUGUUGAGGCUUCUCUGAACAUUGCCAGAUUUGUCCCGGUUUUAUAUGGUUAUGAUGAAAAUCAAAACCUUCCCACGCUUGAGAAGCUCGUAAAAUCCAUGUUAUAUGAGACUGUGCAGAUGUAAUUUUUAAUAAACUGCAAACGUGAUAUUUAAUGUAUUUUAGCAGAUGUGAUGUAGGUUAAUCAUCAACAUAAUAAUAUUCUUUGUUGAUGUAUUAGUUGUUUGUGUAUGCACUAUGAUUUGCAUGACAAAUCCUAAGAAUGAAGUAGAUUCAAGUUCUACUC